AUGUCUGACAACAAACCAACAAACACCGCCCUCGUCACCGGCGCCACCGGCCUCCUAGGCAGACAAGUCGUCAGGGCCCUUCAAGGCCUGAGCGUGCCUACUGAACUUAGCUCCAAGGCUGACUGGACGUGGGAAGUCGAGGGGACGGGAUUCUCCAGGGCGGAUGGGGUGAAUGUGCUCAAGGUGGAUCUGGAGAAAGGGGAGGAGGUGGAGAGGGUUUUGGGAGAUGUUAGCCCUCAAGUCCUCGUCCACUGCGCCGCCAACCGCUUCCCUGACAAGGUCGACGCCGACCCUGAAGGCACCCGACUUCUCAACGUGGAAGCUACUCGCACUCUCGCCCGGGCUUGUGCUUCCCGUGGUAUCCUCCUCAUCUACAUCUCUACCGACUACGUCUUCUCCGGAAAGCCAGGCGAGGCACCUUACGAGGCCGAUGCUGCCACGGGCCCCACUAACCUCUACGGCGUUACCAAGCUGGAUGGCGAGAAGGCUGUGAUUGAGGAGUUCUCCAAGGCCGGCAAGGAGGGGUUAGGUGUGGUGAUGAGAGUACCCGUGCUGUAUGGCAAGACGGAGGAGGGCAGGAAUGAGGAGAGUGCGGUCAAUGUCCUUUUGGAUGCAGUCUUGAAGGCGCAAGAGGGAAAGAAGGUCAAGAUGGACCAUUGGGCGCUGAGGUUCCCCACUAACACGGAGGACGUCGGUAGGGUUUGUCGGGACGUCGCGGUCAAGUACCUGUCAACCAGCGAAGCCGAGAGGACAUCGCUACCGAGAAUCCUCCAGUUCUCGGGUGAGGAACAGUAUACCAAGUAUGAGAUGUGCCAGCUUUUUGCUGAGAUCUUGGGACUUCCCAUUGAUAACAUUGAGGCGAACACGGAGGGGAACGACCCGAACGCGAGCGUUCAGCGUCCGUAUGACUGCCACCUCAGCACUAAGGUGCUCAAGGAUCUGGGUAUCGAUGUCUCGGCUCAGGACUUUGUUGCCUGGUGGAGGAGAGAAUUAAGAGCUUUCCGCCAUUAA